UACUUGGUGUUGAAUUAUAUCAGGUUUGAGUUAUUUCUUGUGUCAGUUGGGGGGACUUGGUGGUGGCCACACUGUUUUUUGUAUUAGGGAACCUGGGUGCUAUCUUUGAACCAACUUCAGAAUGCCUACCACAUGUUCACUAGGUCUGGAAUUAUGGUCUGCACUUUGAAACUCUAAAAGUAGAAUGAAUCAUCAAAUUAGCAUAUUUCAGGAUUACAUUGUAUAGCAGAAGUUGAUUAUUUAUCUCAUCUAUUAUUCAUGAACAGGAAAGGUCAGUCUCGGACAUAGGUUAUAUUGUCUGUUGGAUAUAUAAUUGCUUAGAAUUUAUUUGAUCUAAGAUUCCUUUUUGGAGAAAGAGUUUGUCUGGUUGGCCGUAGAUGUAAAUCUUUUCAUUCAUACAGCUAUGGUCUUUUUAUAAGGGCUAUGCUUCCCCUGGAAUCCUAUCUAUUGUCUCAAGUUGCAUGGACUCUUGGGUGGACUACUUUAGUACAAUAUAGAGGUGCAUGGGAAUUGAACAAAUAAGGAGUGGAAGAUAUUCCUAUACUUUGGAUGCAAAUUAAGCUAAACUGAAAAUUGGAUGAGAGUAGGGAGAGAGGGUAACUCUAGAAUCAACUUCAAAGAGCUUAGUGGUGUUCUCAAUUCAUACCUAUGGGAUGGCUAUCCGUACCUUAUAUCUCUUCUCUUUACCUUUGCAUUACUGGUUAGACUAAUUCAAGGUAUUAGUGAUUUGGAUCUAUUACCUUGUUUUUAGGAGGGUGAGGUUGGAUUACUGUGAGUUUGCAGGUUUAAGAUUUGUGAUUUGGUUUGGAUAUGAUCUUUUUAAUAAUUUGUUUUGGGUCAGAUAUCUAGACCCAUAAUUUUCAAAUAAUAUUUGCGGGUCAAGUUGAUUUCAUUCAUAAUAGAUUGGGUUGGGUCAAAUUAUAUAAGAUUUAGAGUAAAUAACACCAACUCUGCUCGAAGUUUGGGGUAUUAUUGAUUUCUACUCAACAUUUCGUAAAUAUGCGAUGUCCACUCUAAAUCCAUUAAGGUAGGUGAUGAUGUUAUUUUUUAUUAUGUUUUGGCAGGUUCUUUCAGCUUGCCUUGGGACCUCCAUUCCUUAUCAAUAAUAAAAAUACAACAAAUAACAUGAACCAAAUACAAAAGGAAAAAUAAUAGCUUGUUUUUGUUCUUCAAAGACCAGAAUCUGAUAGACUGCUUUUGAUCUUGAAUGAUUAUAACUGCUCAAAGCAGCCAUGCUUUUGCUCUUCAAAGAUUAUAAUCUGCUGGAGGCAGCCAAGUGACCUCGGUACUUGAAGUGCUGCUCCUUGUUGUUAAUAAUAAAUUCAGCAUCAUUUAUGGUAAAGUUAACUUCUUUAUAUUAUUGAUUGUAAACAAGUAUAAUGAUGUUGAGACUGAGUUGAUCUCCUCAUGAAUUCCCAUGUGCAAACUUCAUUUUUAGGGGGAAUAAAUUAAUGCCCAUAAGGUUGGGCAUGUAUAAGGGGUUAUUUGUGCAUGGGAUGUAUAUAUCUGAAAUGUUGAAUGGGAAUCUGUAAUUCUUCCAAACGUAGAGGGGGUCAGUGUAAUUUACUCUAGGAUUUAUAUCCAAACUGAUUGGAAUUUGGAUCCUGGUUUAGGAUUAUGCCAUGCCCAUGGUUCUUUAGUUACUGAUUGCUUUUGCAAUUCCGUAGCAGAUGUAUGGUAGGAUGCAUGACUAUUUUCUGCACUGAAUCGGAAGUCUGCAUGAGUGUUUCUCCAUCAUUGUCUAGUAUUUCAUUGUUAACUCCAAGCACUUGCUACAUUGAACGUUUCAAUUUGGACGGUUGAUUUCUAAGCUCGCCCUAGUUCAAACAUUAUAAUGGCUUACCUGUGUAAGUAUAACCCUUGCAUCUUGGCCUACCCUUGUUGAUAGCUUUAGGAGUAAGAUACAGGAAUAUAUGAAGAUCUACUUUAGGUUUUGCGAAGAGGGUUUGUUCCUAUAACCAAGUCUAGAUUUGAUUAAACUAACUGAAAAUGUUUGACUAAAAGGAGAAGUCGAUGCAGCUUCAAUUAGAACUGGCAAACAAUAGAGAGUUGGUUCUAUGAAUGCCUCCACCUCUAGAAAUUAGGUCUAGGGACCCAAUUUUCAUGGACAAUCAGGGACUCUAGUCUAAAAUUAUGUAUUUAGAUAUAGAUCAAGAAGUUCAUCUUUUUCAGUCGUCGUUUAUUUUGUGUCGUGUAGAAUGGUAGAAGCUGAGUCCAUUCUGUGAGUACAUUCAUCGUCAUUACUUUCCGAUCCUUCGAAUUUUUGAAAGCAAUUACCGCAGGGAAUCAAGUAAAAAUUUCAACGCACUUCAUUUUAAAAAUAAGAUUAAGUAGAUCUUAUUUCCUAGGUUUCCAAUAAACUAUAAACAAGGUGCUUGCCUUGCUAAAUAAUCCAUGCAUUGACUCCUAUACUAGUGCUCCUUCUUAGAGGUUGCCAGUCAAGGAAAAGGGCAGAACAAAUUCCCUAUAUAUUUUUAAAAUAUGUACGUCAUUAUCAACCACUCUAGUUGCUCAGAGACUUGUUCAAAGUCUUCAAGUGCAUCAUGAUCUUUCCAUUCGCAAGGUCAUACAAACAAGAAUUUUUAGUGCUUCUUUCAAACACUGAGGAAAGUAAUGCCUCGGAUUUGAAAAUUGUGUUCUUGAUGGAAACCAACCCAAGACCCAAUCCAACUACCCUUUUUUUGCCAUUGACCAUUGACUCAAUGAACCCAAAGUUCAUUCAUGCCUCUCCCUCCUCUCUAAAAAUAUAUAUGCCAACUCUCCCUCCACCAGAAAGUGAGCUUUGCUCAAAAGAAAACAGCAGUAAAAAAAAGAAGAAGAAGACACCAAUGGCUGGUGCUGGAAGAGCACUUGGCUAUUCUUUUAUCAUCUUCCUCGCUCUUCUCUCGCACCACUCUUUUCUAUCCUGUCCCCUGGAUCACAAAGAAGCUCUCCUCCAAUUCAAAUCCAUGAUUAUUGGAAAGCCCAAGAAGAAUUCCUCCGCGGAGAUACCUUUCUUCAGUUUCGACUUAUGGAUUCCGGGCUCCGACUGCUGCACUUGGGAGGGAGUGGCCUGCGAUCACCGAUCAACUCUGCGGCCUGUGACCGAGCUUAGUCUCUCCGCCUUCGUCCCCCUGACACACCCCGCAACCUCCAUGGCUCUCUCCCCUCUCUUCAGCAUCAAGACGCUGACCUUCCUCGAUGUCUCGCAGAAUUCACUGCUUGGAGAGAUCCCGGAAGAUGGGAUGGCUGAUUUGGCCAGCCUGAGUUAUCUUGACAUGAGCUCCAACGAGCUAAAUGGUUCCAUUCCUUCUCAAAUCCUUGGCCUCAGGAACCUCCAGUAUCUGGACUUGAGCAGCAACCAACUCACUGGGACUCUCAGCAGCAAUGUUGGUAGCCUCGUAAAGCUUGAGAUGCUCAACUUGGAGGAGAAUCUUCUCCAUGGGAACAUCCCUGCGGAUAUUGGCAAGCUAGCAAGGCUGCGGAACCUGUAUCUUAGCCAAAACCAGUUCGACGGAGAGAUCCCGGCAUCCAUCUUGCAACUGAGGGAGCUACAAGUCCUGGACUUGGGGAACAAUUCUCUCUCAUCAGCAAUUCCCGACGAGAUCGACACCUUGUUCAACCUCUCCACUCUUUCUUUGAGAGACAACAAACUCUCCGGGGCGAUCCCCGAGUCGGUUACAAGGAUGGCCAACCUCGACACCCUUCAUCUGGAUGGUAAUUCUCUCUCAGGAGUCAUCCCGCCUUCGUUGUUUGAUCUCAAGAGGUUGAAGACGCUGUUCCUUGGGAGCAACAAGCUCUCAUGGGAUAACACUGCGGAGAUAUCACCUAAAUGUCGUCUGUCGCGACUAUCCCUGAGAUCUUGUGGCCUCGUCGGCAAGAUGCCGAGCUGGCUUUCAGACCAGAAUGAUCUUGAUUUCUUAGAUCUAAGUGAGAAUCAGCUCGAGGGAGACAUUCCACAAUGGCUUGCUGAUUUGGAGCUUGGAAGUGUCAUCAUAACAGAUAACAAACUCACUGGUCCACUCCCACCUCAACUUUUCCAGUCCAAGAAUCUUUCAGUCGUCGAUCUUUCGCGAAACAAUCUAAGCGGAGAGCUGCCAAGGAACAUCGGCGAUGCACCUGCCAUCAUGAUUCUUAUGCUGAGUGGCAACAGUUUGUCGGGUCCAUUGCCUGAAUCCAUCACCAACAUAGGCCGUCUCUUGCUGAUAGACCUCUCGGACAACCACCUCGCCGGAGAUACGUUCCCAGUGUUCAGCCCAGACAGCUAUCUUGCCUAUGUAGAUCUCUCCUUCAACAAUUUCUCCGGUGAGGUGCCGACGAGCUUUGGCCCACAGAUUAGGAAGCUUGCAUUCGGAGGAAACAAGUUCUCAGGAUUGUUGCCUGAGAGCUUAGUUUACAUGAAGAAUCUCGUACAGCUUGAUCUCUCCGACAACGAUAUCACUGGUGAAUUGCCGGAGUGGCUCAGUAGAAUUCCAUUUCAAGUUCUGAAUCUGAGGAACAAUCAUUUGCAUGGGUCCAUCCCUCCGGCCUUAUCCAAUCUCGCCGGACUCCACAUCCUUGAUCUUUCUGGCAACAACUUUGAUGGUGCAAUUCCGACACAGCUGGGAAAUCUGAAUGGGAUGAUCAACACACCUACCACAUACUUUACAAUCUCUGAUCUCUUCACCUUCUUCAUCGAUCUCAAUGAUGUCAUCGUGAAUUGGAAGGGUUCCUUAAGGAGUCUGGCACGAAACAGCCUCGAUAUUUAUUCAUACUUGGACCUAUCAUGCAACUGGCUGUCUGGUGAUAUACCAAAUUCUUUAGGCAGUCUCCAAGGUCUGAAGUUGCUCAACCUUUCCUACAAUGAACUCACCGGGGAGAUUCCGGCGAGUUUUGGUGCAUUAAAGAAGCUGGAGAGCUUGGAUUUAUCGCAUAAUAAGCUUGAUGGCAGCAUACCUCAAACAUUUGUGAAGCUCAAUGAACUGACCACAUUGGAUGUAAGCAACAAUGAGCUUGCAGGUCCGAUUCCCGUCGGCGGUCAGAUGUCCACCAUGACUGAUCCAGGUUCUUAUGCUAAUAACAGCGGGUUGUGCGGGUUUCAGCUCGAGGUUCCAUGCAGUCCGCCAUCACCAGAUGAACCGAUUUCAGAGUCUACCAAUGAUGAGGGUGAGGAUGGAUGGAUCUCAUGGGAAGGCGUGCUGUUUGGGUAUGCGGCCGGCCUACUUGUGGCAAUUGCUAUUACCUACUUUCCUAUCUACUUUCGUAAAUUUCUCUGACCAGCUCCAACCAUUCUCAACGCAACCAUCCCUCCCUGCAAUGAAAGAUCUUUCUGAAAAUAUAAACAUAUGUGCUGAAGCAGCUAUCCGUUAAGGUAAUCAAAGAAAGUCAAAAAGGUUGCAGACUCAAGUGGAAGAAUUCAGAGACAUCUUCUUUUGUUUCAACCUUUGCUUUUAUUACUUCAAUAUGUAUGGAAGUAACUAAGAGUAAUUGAUGCCUAAAGCCUAUUGCUACUGUAAUCUAAAAUAAACUCUUACUGAAGUAUGUUAAUUAUUAAAAGGUUUACAGAA